CUGUUUUGAAAACUUUUGGCACUUGCUUUUUAUCAUUUUUGAUGUUAUGUUUUAACUGUUCACAAUUGAGGCAAGGCCAGAACCCAGAAGUUUCAGGCCAGAGAUUUCCAUUAUGUUUGACGAAUAUUUUCAUAAUGUUUGGUUUCUCAGUUUGGCUGUAUGAAAAUUGUAAGAGAUGCCCCCCAAAAGAAGUGUAUCCAUGAAUCAGCCCAACAGAGGGCAGAUUCUCCAAACUGUGUUUAGCCACUUUUUCCCAGUAGCUAGUCCUGACAGUGAGCUGGUUCCAUCUUCUCUUCAUGAGGAUAUUACUCCCAUCCUUCGUGUAGCCAAAGACGUAGAGGAUACUAAUCCCCGGGUUGCUUUCCUAUGUCAUUCACAUGCGCUAGAUAAGGCAAACGAGCUUGAUCCCACAUCAAGUGGACGUGAUGUUCGCCAGUUCAAGAAUACAAUUCUUCAAUGGUUAGAAAAGAAUAAUGAAAGUACUCUAAAGGCAAGACAGAAGAGUAGUGAUGCACAUGAAAUGCAAAGUUUCUAUCAACAAUAUGGUGACGAGGGCAUCAAUGAUUUGCUAAAUGCUGGUGCUGGCAGUUCUAGUUCUCAACGUACAAAAAUAUAUCAAACUGCUGUUGUUCUCUAUGAUGUCUUGGAUGCUGUUCAUCGGAAAGCUAAUAUCAAAGUGGCUGCUAAGAUUUUGGAAUCCCAUGCCGAGGUGGAAGCAAAAAACAAAAUCUAUGUGCCUUACAAUAUUCUUCCCCUCGAUCCUGAUAGUAAAAAUCACGCUAUGAUGAGAGAUCCUAAGAUUGUAGCUGUAUUAAAGGCAAUUCGUUACACAAGUGACUUAACAUGGCAGAUAGGUCACAAGAUCAAUGACGAUGAAGACGUGCUAGACUGGCUAAAAACUAUGUUUCGCUUUCAGAAAGAUAAUGUUUCAAAUCAAAGAGAGCACUUGAUUUUGUUACUUGCUAAUGUCCAAAUGCGACAAACCCAGAGACAACCAAAUUUGUUGGAUGAUCGAGCCUUGGAUACAGUGAUGGAGAAAUUAUUAGGAAAUUACAAUAAAUGGUGUAAUCAUGUGGGCCUGGAAAGCAGCCUUAGGUUCCCUAAGGAUAAGCAACAAAAGGUGGUACAACAGAGGAAACUACUAUAUACAGGACUCUAUCUUUUAAUAUGGGGAGAAGCUGCAAACCUUAGAUUCAUGCCCGAGUGCCUUUGCUAUAUCUAUCACCAUAUGGCGUUUGAGUUGUUUGAGAUGUUGGAGAGUAAAGGUAGUAAGAAGAAAUAUAAGCCUAAAAACCCAACAUAUAGUGGUAAAGAUGAAGAUUUCUUGACGAAAGUAGUGACUCCUGUUUACAAGACAAUAGCCGAGGAAGCAAAAAAAAGUGGCGAAGGAAAGCAUUCUGAGUGGAGAAACUAUGACGACUUGAACGAAUACUUCUGGUCAAAACAAUACCUUGAUAAGUUAGGGUGGCCUAUGAAAGCCAAUGCUGAUUUCUUUUGUAAGACAUCUCAACAACUUGGUCUGAAUAAAAGUGAGAAGAAACCAGAUCUGGGAGAUGGAUGUGUCGGAAAAGUCAAUUUUGUUGAGAUACGCACCUUUUGGCAUCUAUUUAGAAGUUUUGACAGAAUGUGGAGUUUUUAUAUCUUGUCUUUGCAGGCAAUGAUCAUAAUUGCUUGGAAUGAAACCAGUGAAUCUGGGGGUGCGGUCUUUCAUAAGGUUUUGAGCGUCUUCAUCACAGCUGCUAAAUUAAACCUUUUCCAAGCUUUCCUUGAUAUAGCUCUGAGCUGGAAAGCAAGACAUAGCAUGUCAACACAUGUGAGGCAAAGAUACAUCUUCAAGGCAGUGGCGGCUGCAGUAUGGGUUUUACUCAUGCCAUUAACUUACGCAUACAGCCACACCUCUAUUUUCAUUGUGGCUAUUCUUAUCUACUUAUCCCCAAACAUGCUCCCGGAAAUGUUGCUCUUGAUUCCUAGCAUCCGACGUACACUUGAAAAGUCUGACUUUAGGCCAGUGAAAUUGAUAAUGUGGUGGUCUCAGCCUGAACUGUAUAUAGGAAGAGGUAUGCAUGAAAGUGCAUGGUCAAUCUACAAGUACAUGAUGUUCUGGAUUGUCUUGUUAACCUCAAAGCUUGCAUUCAGUUAUUAUGUGGAGCAGAUUAAGCCUCUUAUGGGUCCAACCAAAGAAAUUAUGAGUGUUCCUAUGCCAGGCUACUGGUUGCCCGAGUUUUUCCCUCAUGUUAAGAACAAUAGAGGUGUUGUGAUCACACUCUGGUCACCUGUUAUCCUUGUUUAUUUCAUGGACACUCAAAUAUGGUAUGCUAUAGUAUCAACUCUGGUUGGAGGUUUAUAUGGAGCUUUUCGACACAUCGGAGAGAUCCAAACACUUGGAAUGUUGAGGUCUAGAUUUCAGUCCUUACCAGGAGCCUUUAAUGCUUGUUUGAUUCCAAAUGAGAAUACGAAAGAAAAAGGAAUUAAAUUGGCUUUCUCUCGCAAGUGCCACAAGAUCCCAAAUACUAAUGGCAAGGAAGCAAAACAAUUUUCUCAGAUGUGGAACACCAUAAUUAAUAGUUUUCGAGAAGAGGAUCUGAUUAGCAAUAGGGAACUGGAACUCCUGCUGAUGUCAUGUUGGGCUUACCCUGAUCUGGAUUUUAUCCGCUGGCCAAUUUUUCUGUUGGCCAGUAAGAUCCCAAUAGCCGUGGAUAUUGCAAAAAAAAGGAAUGGAAAACACCGUGAACUGAAAAAUAUACUGGCUGAGGACAAUUGCAUGAGUUGUGCUGUUAGAGAGUGUUAUGCUUCUAUUAAGAAACUCUUGAAUACUCUGGUCACCGGAAAUAGUGAUUUAAUGCUCAUAACCACAGUUUUCACCAUUAUUGACACACAUAUAGAGAAAGAUACACUCUUGACAGAGUUGAAUUUGAGUGUUCUUCCUGAUCUGCAUGGCCACUUUGUUAAGCUAACUGAAUAUGUGCUGCAAAACAAAGACAAGGACAAGAUUCAGAUUGUUAAUGUCUUGCUGAAAAUAUUAGAAAUGGUGACAAAAGACAUACUAAAGGAAGAGAUCAAGAGGCUUCAUCUUUUGCUUACUGUCAAAGAGUCGGCUAUGGAUGUUCCAUCCAACUUGGAAGCGCGAAGGCGUCUUACAUUCUUUUCAAACUCAUUAUUCAUGGAAAUGCCUGGUGCACCCAAAAUCCAAAACAUGCUUUCCUUUUCGGCACUAACACCAUACUAUUCAGAGGAUGUCCUUUUCUCCACAUUUGAUCUGGAAAAGGAAAAUGAUGGAGUCUCAAUACUGUUUUACUUGCAGAAAAUAUUUCCAGAUGAAUGGAAAAACUUUCUGGAACGAGUUAAAUGUGGCACUGAGGAAGAACUCGACGCAAUAGAUUAUUUGAAAGAGGAGAUUCGUCUUUGGGCAUCUUACAGGGGCCAAACACUGACCAAAACAGUGCGAGGCAUGAUGUAUUACCAAAAGGCUUUGGAGCUUCAGGCCUUCUUUGAUCUAGCUAAUGAAAGAGAAUUAAUGAAAGGAUACAAGAGUGCCGAAGCUUCAAGUAGUGGAAGUUCACUCUGGGCUGAGUGUCAAGCACUUGCUGAUAUUAAAUUCACCUAUGUGGUCGCAUGCCAACAAUACAGUAUACAUAAGAGAUCUGGUGACCAACGUGCUAAAGACAUAUUGACGCUUAUGACUACGUACCCAUCUUUACGUGUUGCUUAUAUCGAUGAGGUUGAGCAAACACAUAUAUAUAGUAAGGGGACAAGUGAAAAUUUUUAUUACUCAGCUCUUGUCAAAGCUGCUCCACAAACCUAUUCUACCGAUUCCUCUGAUUCUGGUCAUAUGCUAGACCAGGUCAUUUAUCAGAUUAAACUACCAGGACCUCCUAUAAUAGGAGAAGGAAAACCGGAAAAUCAGAACAAUGCUAUCAUUUUUACACGCGGAGAAGCGUUGCAGACAAUAGACAUGAACCAGGAUUAUUACAUAGAAGAAGCUUUCAAAAUGAGGAACUUGCUACAAGAAUUUCUUGAAAAGAAUGGAGGCGUGAGAUAUCCUACGAUACUUGGACUAAGAGAGCAUAUUUUCACACGAAGUGUUUCUUGUCUUGCAUGGUUUAUGUCAAAUCAGGAGCAUAGCUUUGUUACUAUUGGGCAGAGGGUGCUAGCUAAUCCUUUGAAGGUACGAUUUCAUUACGGUCAUCCAGAUGUUUUUGAUAGAGUAUUUCACCUGACCAGAGGGGGUGUCUCCAAAGCUUCUAAAGUUAUUAAUCUAAGUGAAGACAUAUUUGCAGGUUUCAAUUCUACUCUACGUGAAGGCACCGUGAGUCAUCAUGAAUACAUACAAGUUGGUAAAGGGAGAGAUGUGGGACUCAACCAAAUUUCAAUGUUUGAGGCAAAGAUAGCUAACGGAAGUGGUGAGCAAACUCUAAGUCGUGACCUAUAUAGACUAGGCCACCAAUUUGAUUUCUUCCGUAUGCUCUCUUGCUAUUUCACUACAGUUGGGUUCUAUUUCUGUAGCAUGUUAACCGUGCUUACGGUCUAUGUAUUUCUCUAUGGACGGUUGUAUCUCGUUCUAAGUGGGGUUGAAAAAGAAUUGGGGAACAAGCCUAUGAUGAUGGAAAUUAUCCUUGCUUCGCAGUCGUUCGUGCAGAUUGUUUUUUUGAUGGCCAUGCCUAUGAUCAUGGAGAUUGGGCUUGAGAGGGGAUUUUAUGACGCCCUAUUUGAUUUUGUAUUGAUGCAGCUACAACUUGCUUCCGUAUUUUUCACAUUUCAACUUGGGACAAAAUUUCAUUACUACUGCAAGACAUUGUUGCAUGGAGGCGCAGAAUACAGAGGUACUGGCCGUGGAUUUGUGGUGUUCCAUGCCAAAUUUGCUGAAAACUACAGGUUUUACUCUCGUAGUCAUUUUGUGAAGGCUACUGAGCUAGGGAUUCUCCUACUCGUGUAUCACAUAUUUGGCCCAACCUAUAUAGGGUUGUUCACUAUUUCGAUAUGGUUCAUGGUGGGUACAUGGCUCUUUGCUCCUUUCUUAUUCAACCCAUCUGGUUUUGAGUGGCAUGAAAUUGUCGAAGACUGGGCAGAUUGGAAAAAAUGGAUUGAAUAUGAUAAUGGGGGGAUAGGUGUUCCUCCAGAGAAGAGCUGGGAAUCAUGGUGGGAGAAGGAUAUUGAACAUCUUCAACACUCGGGAAAAUGGGGUAUCGUUGUUGAGAUUUUUUUUGCAUUACGCUUCUUCAUAUUUCAGUACGGACUUGUGUAUCAACUCAGCGCCUUUAAAAAUAAAUAUAGUAGUUUAUGGGUUUUUGGGGCUUCAUGGUUACUGAUCUUAAUCCUUUUACUCACUGUGACGGUUUUGGAUUAUGCAAGGCGACGGCUGGGAACAGAGUUCCAACUUUUAUUCAGGAUCAUCAAGGUUUCCUUGUUUCUCGCAUUUAUGGCAAUAUUCAUUACUCUCAUGACUUGUCGUCUUAUACUACCCCAAGACGUCUUCCUCUGCAUGCUUGCAUUAAUCCCAACUGGAUGGGGAUUACUACUUAUUGCACAAUCUUGUAAGCCUCUGAUUCAACAACCAGGGAUAUGGUCUUGGGUGAUGACGUUGGCUUGGGUCUACGACCUCGUGAUGGGUUCUCUCUUGUUUAUUCCAAUAGCGUUUAUGGCCUGGUUCCCAUUCAUAUCGGAGUUCCAAACGAGAAUGCUCUUUAACCAAGCCUUUAGCAGAGGUCUACAUAUCUCACGUAUUCUCAGUGGUCAGAGAAAACACCGCUCCUCCAAGAAUAAAGACUGA